CACAGGCGCCUCUCCGAGAUCCUAAGCAGCAGCGGGCAGCGUCACCCGCAACCCUUCCGAGGAUGGAGCCGACAAACUGCGAAGUAAAUGUGGCCUGACUCCCAGCUGUACCUUUUCGAUUGAAUUUUAAUCGAGUUCAGAUCUAUAGAAACUGGCAUGAAAUAUCUGAGUGCAAUAGGAAGGACACAGCAAUGUUCCAAAAACAAAAUAAAGAUGAGCAGUUGGUCAGUGCCAUUCAUCUGGAAGAAUUUGACCAAGAAACCAAGAAAUCCCCUAGCCCGGAAGAUAAAACUUAUACCAUAGAAGAAGCUGUGGAAACAAUUGGAUUUGGUCGAUUUCACAUUCUGCUUUUUCUUAUUAUGGGAAGUACAAGUAUAGUUGAAGCUACUGAGAUAAUGCUCCUGGCUGUUGUGUCCCCUGCCAUUCGCUGCGAGUGGCGCUUGAGUGACUGGCAAGUUGCUCUGGUUACAACUAUGGUAUUUCUUGGCUUUAUGGUGUGCAGUUUCAUCAGUGGAUUUGUAGCUGAUAGAUAUGGACGAUGGAAGGUUGUCUUUGGAUGCUUCAUUUGGGGACUGUAUUUUUCAUUGCUGACCUCAUUUUCCCCUUCAUAUGGAUGGUUUGUCUUCCUGCGUGUUAUGGUGGGCACUGGUGUGUCUGGUCAUUCCCAAGGGUUUGUUUUAAAAACUGAAUUUAUGCCAGCUAAAUACAGAAGCUCCUUACUGCCCUUGGCAACGAUAUUUUGGCUAAUUGGCUCAUUGCUUGUAAUUGUCCUGGCAUUUGCAAUUAUUCCUUCUUUUGGAUGGCGAUGGUUGAUAAGAAUUUCAACAAUUCCCAGCAUAAUCUUAAUUGUUCUGUUUAAGUUUAUUCCUGAAUCUGCCAGAUACAAUGUUUCAGCAGGAAAUACAAAGGAAGCUGUUAAAACCCUGGAACACAUUGCCAAAAUGAAUCGUUCCUCUUUGCCGGAAGGAAGACUGGUAGAGCCAAUUGUGGAAAGGCGAGGGCAUUUCCUUGACUUAAUGGAUUCCACUUACCGGAGGACAACGCUUAUAAUGUGGUAUUCAUGGGUUGUGACCUCUUUUUCUUACUAUGGUGCCAUAUUGGCUAGCUCAGAGCUAUUGGAGCGAAAGCUGCUUUGUGUUACCAACGCUGACCACCCCCCCAAGGUGCUAAACUCAGACAGUGCUCCUUGUUAUUGUCAUAUGUUUGGAACUUCAGAAUACUACACAAUGUUAAUUAGCACCCUUGGGGAAAUAGCAUUUGUACCUGUGAAUAUACUAAUGCUGAAUGUAUUCGGAAGGAGAUUCUGUUUGGCAUUAUCCAUGGCUUUGACAGGAGUAUUUUUCUUACUGCUUAAUAUUUGUACAACAAGUGCAGGAUUUACUGCUUUGCUUUUUAUUCUCCGUUCCCUGGUGUCUGCCAAUUUUAACACUGUUUACAUAUAUACUGCAGAGGUCUAUCCAACUUCAAUCCGUUCUGUAGGAAUGGGGGCCUGCACUGCAUGCAGUCGUUUAGGAGGGAUGAUAGCACCCUUUAUAGCACAGGCAAGUGGUGUAUGACUUCUUCUGACAAAAUAAGCUCUAAUUAAGAUCAAAAGUGGCAACGUUUGUAACCAGCUCUUAGUAAAAGUAGUGUUUAGUGUUUUUCAACAAGCAGUAAUUUGGAUGUCGUGUUAUAUAAUGUAUUACUCCAAUGGUUAAAAGAAAAUAUGUGCAUCUGGGGUUCAGCGACAUGCAUCCAUGCCGUUUCCAUCCUAAUAGGCCACAUCUCCCCACAAUCCUAGAACAGAUUAUGACAGAUUAUUAAUAACAUGAAUUCUGCGAUACUGUUACAGAGUAGUGUUAAAUGAGACGUCUACUUCAUGAACAGAGUAAUUCAGGUGCAAUUUCCAUUAAUUUUACCUGAUAAAUAACACCAUUUUCUGUGAUGUUUUGCAGGUUCUAAUAUCUAAGUCUGUAAUAACAGCUUUGUGUCCAUUUGCCAUUGCUUGUCUUGCCUGUGUGGCUGCUGCCUUAUUUUUACCCAUUGAGACCAAAAACCGUGCUCUUCAGCAAACAUCCUGACCUGGUGCCUUUUAAUAAAAAUCAGAGUUACUGUAUACUGUUUGUUUUUUUUUGUUUUUUUAUGAAGGUAUCCAUUCUUAUUGACUAUGCAGAUUUUACCAUAUUUUAAAGAAUUUUCAGGAAUUUGAAUAAAUUUGAAUUUGAAGUGUCUCAAAACCAGAUGAUAUGGACAACUGCUGGAUUAGUUGUGUUUUUAUUACAGAAAGUGUAAAUGUUGAUUUUUGUUAACUUCUAAACAAAUAAAAUGAAAAAUCUUGUUCAUAUUAUUCUGUAUACAAAUAAAAUAUUUAUUUGGCAGCUAGCCUGUA